AUGACGAUCAAACGGAUACCCCCGCGUCCUGUCAUCGCGAUUGCUGGUCUUGCUUGUGAAACCUCGGGCUUCUCUCCAGCUCGCACAACCAGUCGCGACUUCCAUCCGCGGCGUGGGCAAGAGAUCAUUCAGAAAUACAAGUUUCUACACCAAGGCACUCCAUUGGCAGAUGCAGCGUCGUGGAAAGGCACACUCAUAGGCCAUGCGCUCCCAGGAGGAAUUGUUUUGCGGGAUGAUUUCGAAGACCUGGCCAACGAGAUAAUAGCCCGGUUGGAGGAGAUAGUUACUUCUACGCCCCUCGACGGACUAUGGUUUGACAUUCAUGGAGCGAUGUGUGUGGAGGGGCUGGAUGAUUCUGAAGCAGAGCUACUUCGCCGAAUUCGAAUGGUCGUUGGCCCAGAUGUUUUGGUUUCAUCGUCGAUGGACCUCCAUGGAAAUGUCUCCAGAAAUCUGGCUCAUGGGACUGACUUGAUAACCUGCUACCGCAUGGCGCCACACGAAGAUGCCAUGGAAACAAAAGAGCGGGCUUGUCAAAACCUAGUCGAUGUUUUGACGGCUCCUUCACGCACAGGAAGACCGACCAGACCUUUGAAGGCAUGGGUGCCAAUUCCCAUUUUGCUACCUGGAGAGCAGACUUCAACACGUAUGGAACCAGCGAAGAGUUUGUACGCCAAUGUUCCAGCUGUUACUGCUCUUCGGGAGGUUCUUGAUGCGGCAAUUUGGGUGGGAUACGCAUGGGCAGACGAGCCUCGUAACCAUGCGGUGGUGAUGGUCACUGGGUGGAACGAGACUACAAUCACUGAACAGGCAAAAAGACUUGCUUUGAAGUUUUGGGAAUCCCGCGAGGAUUUCCAUUUCGUGGCGCCAACCGGUUCCCUAAGUGAAUGUCUUGAUUCAGCGAUCUCAUCCACCAAGAGACCAUUCUUCAUCUCUGAUUCGGGAGAUAACCCCACCGCAGGGGGCUCUGGAGAUGUUACGUCCAGCUUAAUUGAGCUGUUAGAGUGGACAGAAUUACAGCAUGAAACAGGCCCAUCGGUGAUAUAUGCCAGCAUUCCAGGACCUGAUGCCAUCAGUACCAUAGUCCAAGCUGGUGUCGGGGCUAUGGUGACGAUUACCGCCGGUGCGCAAGUGGACAACAUGCACUCCGGACCAGUGACAAUGACUGGCCUUGUAUUCUCAAUCAAACACGGGGAUAUCAACGCGGAGGUUGAAGCAGCUUUACAGAUUGGAAGGCUUUUUGUCAUCCUGACAAAGCUACGAAAGCCAUACCACCACGAGAGCGAUUUCACUGAUCUCCAACUACGUCCACGGGAAAGUGACAUAGUGAUUGUGAAAAUCGGAUACCUCGAGCCAGAACUCUUUGACAUGGCUGCUGACUGGAUGCUCGCAUUAACACCCGGAGGAGUAGACCAAGAUCUACCACGCCUAGGCCACCAUCGGAUUCACCGUCCGAUGUGGCCCUUCGACAAAUCGUUCCCUUCGUCACCAGAGCUUCUACCAGAGAUUAUUCCGUCCUCCGAUGAGCCACUAAAAGUUUCAAUGAGUAAUGUAUGGGCUGCACACUGUUUGUCAAAUGUCAUGGAUGUUUAA